AAAGCAGAUUAAACGAAGAACGCUAAUGUCUGGAAAUAUAUCAAUUGUAACUUAUGUGAAAUUUUCACUAAUGGCCAUAACCUCUAUGAUGUUUGGAUCACAACUUGUUCACAACCAAUACAAGCCAUUAGAUGAUUUAGAAGAUUAUGUUGAAAAAGAAAUGGAAAAGUUAAAAGCUGCCAAAGAAUUGAAAACAUGAUGUAUUAGCAAGAUUACUUAGUAAUAUUUACUUAGUUAUUUUAAGAUCAUUAUUUACUAAUGAGUAAUAUUGAAAAAUAAAAAUAGUUCAAUCAUAUUUAA